UGGACGGCUGGGGUGCACUGGGCAGAAUUGGGGUGCAGGGCGUUGACAGGCGGGGGCGCAGCGGUGCGGGGAGGUUCUAUGGGAGCUCCACUCGCUUUUGGUUUCGGUUCUAGCUCGGAGCCGGGGCUCCCGGGGAAUCCGCGGGCGGCUCGGCUCGGCUCGGCUCGGUUUGGCCAGCGUGGCCCCCCCUUGCCGGGCCUUCCCCGUGCCCCGCCCGUCUCUCUCGGCGCCGCCUCCAGUUUCGUUUCCCGGUGCGGCGGCUCCGGGGCGCGGAGCGGCGGGGAAUGGAGCUCCGGGGGUACCAGCGGGAGGCGGCGGCCCCGGCCCUGCGCGGCCGCAACAGCAUCGUGUGGCUGCCCACGGGAGCCGGCAAGACCCGCGUGGCCGUGCACGUCUGCCGGCGACACCUGGAGAGCCGGCGGGGCGCAAAGGUGGCCGUGCUUGUCAACAAGGUGCACCUGGUGGACCAGCACACCGAGAAGGAGUUCCACGCGCUGCAGGACACCUUCAAGGUGACGUCCAUCAGCGGGGACACCAGCCACAAAACCUUCUUCGCCGACCUGGUGAGGAAGAGCGACGUUGUCAUCUGCACGGCGCAGAUUCUGCAGAACGCCCUGGUCAGCACGGAGGAGGACAUGCACGUGGAGCUGACAGAUUUCUCACUGCUGGUGAUAGACGAGUGCCACCACACGCACAAGGACGCCGUCUACAACAAGAUCAUGCUGAGAUACCUCCAGCGCAAGCUCGGUGGGCAGCACGACCUGCCACAGGUCCUGGGGCUGACGGCAUCCCCUGGCACUGGGGGGGCAACAUCCUUUGAGGGAGCUGUGGAGCACAUCCUGCAGAUCUGUGCCAACCUGGACACCGAGAAGAUCACAUCGGUGCAGGACGAGUUGCAGCACCUGCAGAGCCACGUCCCCCAACCCAAGAAGCAGUAUGACCUGUGCCAGGAGAGAGUGCAGGACCCCUUUGGUGAUCAGCUGAAGAAGGUGAUGGUGCAGAUCCAGCAGUUCAUGGAGAAGCCGGAUUUCCCGCGGGACUUUGGCACGCAGAUUUACGAGCAGCGCAUUGUGGAGCUGGAGAAGACAGCUGCAGAGAUGUUUUGUCGCAAGACGCGCGUGUGCGCCCUGCACCUGCGCAAGUACAACGACGCUUUGCUGAUCAACGACACCGUGAGGAUGCUCGACGCCUUCCAGUGCCUGCAGCAGUUCUACAGCACUGAGAGGGAUAAGAAGGACCCCACCGAGCAGUUCCUCACUGCCACCUUUGAGGAGAACAGGGCGAGCCUGCAGGCCCUUGCUGGGGAUCACCGCUAUGAGAACCCCAGGCUGGCCAAGCUGGAGGGGAUCCUGCGUGAGCACUUUCAGCCCCUGGGCACUUCUCGUGGCAUCGUCUUCACCAAGACAAGGCAGAGUGCCCACAGCCUGCUCAGCUGGCUGCAGACCACGGCCACGCUCCGUGGGCAGCACAUCAGGGCCGCCGUCCUCACCGGCGCCGGCUACAGCAACCAGACCAGGCACAUGACCCAGAAUGAGCAGCAGGAUGUGAUCAAGCAGUUCCGUCAGGGAGCCCUCAACCUGCUCUUCUCCACCAGUGUGGCCGAGGAGGGCCUGGACAUCCCCGAGUGCAACAUCGUGGUCCGCUACGGGCUGAUGACCAACGAGAUUGCCAUGAUGCAGGCCCGGGGCCGUGCCCGUGCUGAGAACAGUGUCUACUCUGUCCUUGCCAAAGCCAACACCAGGGAGGUGACCCGAGAGCUGCUCAACGAGGACCUGGUGGAGCUCAUGAAGAGCGCGAUCCAGGCCGUGCAAGCCAUGCCUGAGCAGGAGUACUUCCAAAAGAUCCAGGAGCUGCAGCGGGUGGCCGUGGCCAGCUGGCUGAUGAGGGAGGCCAGGAUCAGCGAGCGGCGGCAGCUGCACGACCCCGCUGCUGUUCAGCUGUACUGCAUCAACUGCAACAGGGCCGUGUGCCGGGGCAGCGACAUCCGCACCGUGGAGGGCAUGCACCACGUCAACAUCAACCCCAAAUUCGGGUCGUAUUACAGAGUUUCCUCUGGGAAAAUACAGUUCCAGAGGACUUUCAAGGACUGGGAGCCCGGCUGCCGCAUUUCCUGCAAAGAGUGCAGCCAGGACUGGGGGAUGGAGAUGCUGUACCGGCAGGUGAAGCUGCCUAUCCUCUGCAUCAAGAACUUCGUGGUGGAGACACCAGCAGAAAAGAGGAGGUACAAGAAGUGGGGUGCUGUGACAUUCCCCAUCAAGGCGUUUGACUACCUGGAGUACUGCUCUGGCACCUACAGCCUGUCCUUCUAGCACGGCCUCUGUUCAGAAGAGUUUUCACAGGGUGUUUUCAGGGUGCUGCAUGAAGAGGGGAAGCUUCCUUGACCCUUGGACAGAGAGCCAUGGCUCACUCCUCUCUUCCUUGCUGAUCUGAGCCCCAACAGCCCAUCCCAAGCUGGAGCUGAAGGAGCUUUGCUGCACCCAUGCAGGAAGGAUGAGAUGCUGGGGUUGAAAACCACCCAAACCCUUCCUUGCUCCCCAUGCUGCUGCCUUGUCCACAGCCCUGCCAGGAGAACCAUCCCUUUCUGUGGGUCCAGGACACAGCCCAGUGCUUCUCCACUCUGCUUUAUGAACUCCAUGGGUCUCCAUUAAAACACACAGGCUAGACUGAAGGGGCAG